AGAGGAACUGAAAUUGCUGAAGAGAAGAAAGGUUUGUGACAUGAUGUGGUUGAGUAGUAAACAAAAACGCAGCAGGAAAUACACGUAGUAUAUUGUGGAUAUUUUACCGUAAUCAAGAAAAAUAAAUUCACAGAAUCCAAAAGUACAAGAAAAUUCAAAACAAAAUAAACUGGAGACACAAGGGUAACAAGGGUAAUGACAAGUAGAGUGAUGAGACAGACUGGUAAGUUGUGACUGAGAUAGAUGAGCUGAAAUACUGGGAGGUAGCAAAUGGAACAAUGGACCUAGCUAGAUGAGAUAAUAGAUUGCAGGAAUGAGUAGUUGGGACAGGAGCUAGCUGAGGGGCGGGAGAUGGAAGCACAAUGAGGAUAAGUAGAUAUUCUGGGGAAUAAAAGGGAGGAAACACAAGGGAGCUGAAAGUAUUUCUAAUGCUAAAGAAACACUAAGACUUAAGGAAAUCUGAUAAACUAGAAGAGAAAAAGACCUAAACAGAAACAAGGCUCAUCUAACAACAACUCAGGUACAUAGAGCUAGAUUAACUAGAAUGACUAAACAAAGAAAUAACUUAACUAGAAUCGCUAAAGAAAGAUGGACAUAGAUUUAGACAAAAAGAUUAAUUCAUUUAAGGUGAUGCCAUAAGAAAACUACAAACACUAUAGGGGAGCUAGAAGGACUUAAUUACUUAACUGGAACCACUAAAGAAAGGUAUACCUAGACUCAGACAUGUAAGAAUAACUGAACCUAGAGUGAUGAAAUAACUAAUAAAUAAACAUUACUAGAAACACUACAGGAGGGCUGAAAUAAAAAAGCAAUAACAAGACAAUUCUAACCACAAUAAAUAACCUCAAAUAAUAAAACUAAAAUGACCAUGAAGGGAUAACUUAAAGGGAACUAAAACAUAAUAAAGAAGAUGAAAUCCAAACCCAAAAACCCAGAGUCCUGACAGUUUGCAGUGGUGCCCAAAGUGGGUCCUCGAGGGCCGACAUCCUGCAUGUUCUAGUUCUCUCCCUGGUUUAAUGCACCUGGAUCAAAUGAUGGCUCAUUAGAGGCCUAAGAAGAACAUUGACAAGCUGAAAAGCUUGUUGUUGCCAGCAGGGAGAGAAUUAAAACAUAAUUCAAACUGAUUAUGUUCAUCAGUCAUGCUUGACUGAUAAACAAACCUUCAGACACCAGGUGGCAGCAGUGUUCAUAUUAAUCAAUAGGGAGUUAAUAUAUUGAACUUUGAAAUUGUUUCAAGACUUAAAACCAUAAAAUCACCAGCAACAACUUCAAAUUUCAGUUGUUGCUGGUCAUUUUAGUAAUCUGUUCUAUUAAUCACGCCAUAGAAUGAUCAUUGCAGUGGUUUGUAUAGACAAAUUAUUAAAUAUCAGAUUCUCUAUAGCAUUUCAUUUCCAGGAAUAAAAUGGUUGCGAAAAAAACGUAUAAUCUCUACGACAGAAAAUACUUGAGGAAAACCUGUCCCAGUCAUUGGAGGAGCAUUAUGCUUGGACAGGAAAGUCCAAGCAUAAGAGAAGCUGGGACUUUUUAAAUAAGAAAUUUAUUGGUAACCUAUACAGUAUGUUUCAGUCUUAUCGUCAGUCUCACUGCAGCUGUCCAUUAGGUUAAACUACCUUAGUUUGUGUUUAGAUAAUAAUUUAGGUUUAUUUAUCAGCUAGAUUUAACAUUAUGAAUACUGUCUAGCACAAAAAUAAAAAUGUCUGACAACUUAUGAUAUGAAAAGACAUGUCUAAAAGUCUUUGAUAUUCAAAAAUGUGCAGCCUAUUAACAAAACCUCUGACAGGAAAGGGUAUUGUGUUAAUUUUUAUGUAAGCUGAUCAUUGCGGUCACAACUAAGCUUGAGUUCAAGGAGGAAGUUAAGUUGUUUUCGUCAGCUGCAUCUUCAUUUUGCAAGCAGAGCCUCAGAAAAGAGAAGGGCUAAACUGAUUUGGACCUGGAAGACAAAAUGAAUACAUCCACCUGCACUCAACCCAAUAAGAAAUUAUUUGAACAUACAAUCCUGCCUGCUCUCUACAUCUUGGUGUUUGUUGUUGGAUUGGUCCUGAAUGUAUGGGGAAUGAAGUCUUUGCUGCAUAACUGGAAGAAACUUCGGAGUAUUAACAUUCUUGUUCUCAACCUUGGACUAGCAGACAUUUUGUAUCUGCUCACUCUCCCCUUUCUGAUCGUGUACCACCUUAAAGGAAACAAAUGGAUCUUUGGAGAUGAAUUCUGCAAGGUAACAAGAUUCUGCUACAACCUGAAUUUAUACGGCAGCAUCGGGUUCCUCACCUGUAUAAGUGUGUACCGGUACCUGGCUGUUGUCCAUCCAAUGAGAGUGAUGGGCAGAUUAACUACGACUCACUCUGUGAUCAUCUCGGUAAUUAUUUGGAUUCUGGUGAGUGUUGAGAGUCUUCCAGACAUGUUCUUCCCAAAAACAUAUCCAAACGGAACAAAGUGCUUUGACACCACCUCUUAUGAACAUAUUGAGAGUUACCUGGAUUACACCAUCGCAUGGACAUUCGUUGGAUUCUGCAUCCCUUUUGUCACCAUUGUAGGUUGCUAUGGACAUGUGACUGUUGUUAUCUGCCGUUCAAAUAUGAUGAAAAAAGACCAGAAACGACAAAUCUUAAAACUGAUGGCUAUAGUGAUUCUUCUGUUCUCGCUUUGUUAUGCGCCCUACCACAUUUUCAAGAACCUCAGCCUGUAUUCCAGAGUUCUGAUUAUUCAGAGGACCUGCCCCAAAUGGGAUUCUGCAGUCUUUAUUGCCCACCAGGUAACCCGUGGUAUUGUGAGCCUGCAUAAUGCUCUUAACCCGCUGGUUUACCUGUGUCUAUAUGAGGAAAUGGUUUCUCAGUUCAGGCAGCUGCUGAGGGGGGGGCACCAGAUUUUCAGUCGUUGUUUCAAGUCGAAAUCCAGCUCUGUGCCGGUAUCACAGGCUACGCAAGAAGCUGGAAGUGAUUUAUGACAGCAAGUAAUGUUUUGUCAUGAGUUAAAUUGUAACAAAUAAUGUGAUUUUGUUGAGGUAAAUUGAGAUCAUCACAUUUCCCCAUGCUGGACAUUUUGGUUAAGUAGUAACAAUACAUGAAAUUACCUGUAAAAUUAAUCAUCUAAAGCAGGGGUCUCAAACUCCAGUCCUCGAGGGCUGCAGACCUACAGUUUUUAGAUGUGCCACAGGUAC